AUGUCAGUGAUGGAAAGAUAUGAGAACGGGUCCUGGGUGCCCCAGCAGGAGCUGGAAGACCCGGUGAAGAGGUACCUGAACAGCACAGAGGACUACCUGACCUUCCUCUGCGGGCCUCGGCGCAGCCACCUGUUCCUGCCGGUCACCGUGGUGUACGCCCUGAUCUUUGUGGUUGGGGUCUCCGGCAACCUCCUGGUGUGCCUGGUGAUCCUCCGGCACCAGGCCAUGAAGACACCCACCAACUACUACCUCUUCAGCCUGGCUGUCUCGGACCUGCUGGUCCUGCUCCUUGGGAUGCCCCUGGAAGUCUACGAGAUGUGGCGUAACUACCCCUUCCUCUUUGGGCCCGUGGGCUGCUACUUCAAGACCGCCCUCUUCGAGACUGUGUGCUUCGCCUCCAUCCUCAGUGUGACCACGGUCAGCGUGGAGCGCUACGUGGCCAUCCUGCACCCUUUCCGGGCCAAGCUGGAGUCCACCAGGAGGAGGGCCCUCAGGGUCCUGGCCGUGGUCUGGGUCUUCUCCGUUCUCUUCUCUCUGCCCAACACCAGCCUCCACGGCAUCAAGCUCCACUACUUCCCCAAUGGCUCUUUGGUCCCGGGCUCUGCCACCUGUGCGGUCAUCAAGCCCAUGUGGAUCUAUAAUUUCGUCAUCCAGGCCACCUCUUUCCUCUUCUAUAUCCUUCCCAUGACGGUCAUCAGUGUCCUCUACUACCUCAUGGGGCUCAGACUCCUGCUCCCGGCUCCCAGCCCCGCCCAGGUCCCGCCCACCGGCCUGCCGCACGCCCAGUGA